AUGACGCCCGCGAACGCGCACGCCAAGGACGGUAAAAAUGGAGUGUAUUUCAUCGAACCGCGCGGUGAUAACCCCGUCGUCGGCCAAGAGUUCGUCGCCAAGUUUGGUGUGAAGGGUUACGAGCUCGCCCCGGCGUCCGCCGGGUUGCAAGAGGGCACGGGACAUCACCACUUGAUCAUCGAUGGACCGGCGUUCGUGGAGAAAGGACAAGAGAUCCCGUUCGAUGACACGCAUUUACACUUCGGGAAGGCGCAAAAAGAGGGAACGGUGAAAUUGAGCCCGGGCGAACACACGCUCACGCUGCAAUUCGCCGACGCCAAGCACCGGUCGUUCGGGAAAAAGUUCGCAAAGCGAAUCACGGUCGUCGUGGAGUGA